AGUGUUUUAUACUGAAAGGUAAAGAUGCGAAUUCACACUGCGACUUGUACAUCAGUGAGCGGAUACAUGAGCAGGCAGGCUGCCCUCACAGCCUGUCUGAGCUGCUUCAUGUGAUAUGACCGUUUUCACUCCACCAGGUAAUGACUGUGUCUGCAGGCCUCAUCGAAGCAUGGUAACAUCUGUUCACACUCCAGUAUCUUCAGUGGGCAGACAGUGAGGACCAGUCGCAACAAUGCGAUGUGUGUAAGGGACCAGUGGCAGAGUAGUGGCCCCAGGCGGGAUGCUGCUGACAGCCGGUCAGUAUGACUUUGCUGGACUUGUGGCUGUCGCGCUCCAUCCCCAUGUGCCUGCUCCUUCAGAGCCUUGUCCUCAUGGCCCUGUGCUUCCCCUCGGCCAGCAUGUGUCCAAAGGGCUGCAUCUGCCACCGCGACCCUCACCUCCACGGUCUCAACGUUACAUGCAGUCAGUCCCGCCUCAAAGAGAUCCCCCCCAGCCUCCCGGUCGACACUGUCCUGCUGAGGCUAGACCACAACCAGAUCGGCGCUGUGCCCGAUCAAGCCUUCCACGGACUCAGACUUCUGAGGGAGCUCAACCUUUCAUACAACGCGGUGGAAACUUUAGGGGAAGGUGCGUUCAGUGGCAUAGAGGCGACGUUACAGGUGCUGGACCUCUCCCACAACCGCAUCACUAGCGUACACAAGGAUGCCUUUGCUCGGCUCAAGGCCCGCGUCAUUGUGGACGAUAACCCCUGGCAUUGUGACUGCGCCCUCCAGCAGGCCAUCGGUGGAAUGGCCCACAACCAUGAGGCCGCCGCCCGGGUCCUCUGCAGGAGCUCGGAGCUUCGUGAUCAGGAGGGGCGACCUUUCUUGGCGGUGGACACUGACCUCUGUAACCUGGCCAAAAGGACCACAGACUACGCUAUGCUGGUGACCAUGUUCGGUUGGUUCGCCAUGGUCAUUUCAUAUGUGGUGUAUUAUGUCCGUCAGAACCAGGAGGACGCCCGACGCCACCUGGAGUAUCUCAAGUCUCUCCCCAGUAAGCCCAAGAAACCUGACGAGGCUGAUGACAUCAGCACUGUUGUCUGACAGCAGUGUCAAAGCGACUGUGUCCCACACAAAUCUAAUGAACACCAAAAUGUUUAUUGUAACAGGACCCCCAUUUAUAGUGUUUACUAUUUGAAACUUUUAGGUGAUGUGAGCAUCAGAUCUGCUGAGAAAUCUUUGUAUUUUGGAAAUUCUGUUGUAUGUCCGUACCAGGGUUUGUUCAUGACUGAUCCGAGAUGAGAUGACACGUGAAGGGAGGCCACAGAGUCUAAUAGUCUAACACCAACAUUAUCUUUUCUACAAAAACAAAAAAAAAUGCAUACGGAGCUUUGAAAAUUUGAAACUCAGGUUAAAAUAUUGAUAUGAUAAUGGCUUUUUGUAGAUGAAAAUUUGGAAUAUCUGAUAAAAAGAAAUAUAUUUGUAAGACCUGACACCCUAAACUUCAUUUGCCAGAGCCUUCAUUUUGGUAUCUAAAAGCCCACCAUAAAAUACUCAUCGAGUUUUGCAAACACCUGCUAAACCAACUGCAUCUUUUAUACCCCUUAAAAUUAAAUACAAAUUAAAAUAUUUAUAUUGACAGCUCUGCACUGAAAUGUUUGCAUUUCUGAAGCCAAGGCCGGCUCAUUGAAAUUAUUUGAUCUGCAUGCUGUGUAAUAUUUUAGACCAUUAAAACCUUGGACAUGGGGUAUGCAGAUGUGAGGUAGUCUCAUUUCCCUGAUUGCCUUGAGCUGUGGUAGCCUGUUUUGUAUAGACAAAUCAAAAUGAAGGCAAAUAUAAUAGAGGUAGUAGGCAGUCACAGAAACACUGAGUGAACCAUGUCGCAGCUACAGAGAAUACUGGAUUGUAUGGAAGCCCAUUUCUACCAAGAAAAGACAUGAAUGAAAGGUCUGGAAUGAUUAACAUUAAAAAUACUUACUCAAAAUCAUGAAAUAUGAACUUAAAAUUUGGACUUGGGUGAAAAUAUUGAGUUACUAAGUCAGAAGAGUUAUAAGAUCAUAACUCAGAAGUAUCAUCUAUUAAAUCAUUUUGAAAACUUUACUUUUGAAGUCAAAAUUAAGAGAUAGUAGGUUAAAGUAUGACCAAGCUUUUUAGCUUUUCCUGCUACGUCACUAUUAUAAGUCAAGUUAAAAGUUUAGAAGCAGGGUUCUGAUUUGUCUUGUUACUGAGGCAGAUAUUGAGGUAGAAACAACACAUUAUGUGCUCAAGUAUCAACAAAAUGGCCAGGCACUGGUUUCACAAAACACCUUAAGUUAAGAUUUUCUGAGUUAUGGUUAAUUUAAGCUAAAAUCAGUUGCACAAAAUACCCUGAAGUCUUAAAGAUUUCCUUAAAAUGUUCACUUAGUAUUAAAGGUUUUCUCCUUAUCUCCAAUCUGAUGUUCUUUACUAAAAUGAGAGCGCUGUUGUUCGAGGAAACAGAGCGUCCUAAUUCUACGUGAAUUAACGAACAGUUAAGUUAAUCACACGGUCACUCUGCUCGGCGCUCUGCUGCUCAAUGUGUCCAGAGUGUGCUAUGCCACUCCGAGAGUGCGGUGCUCUGGAUAACUGAACGUUAACUCCAACAGUGCUCCAAAUUUACAAAUGGGCCAGUUUGUACGAGAGUGCACUCGAGAGCGCUCGAAAUGAUUCGAGUGUACCCAUAGUUAAACCACUGUGUGAAAGACGAUGUAAAAUCUCUUUCAAUGCAGUAAAUAAAAUGAAUGAUAAUGAUCUUUAUUUAUAAAGUGCUUUUAAAAACAGAGUUACAAAGUGCUUUACGUAUCAAUAAUUAAAACAGAUAAACUGAUAAAAAACACUUUAGUAUAUAAAAACUGAGGAAAUAAAAGACAGUCUAAAUGUACCUAAAACUCAAGUUAAAUCACAAAAGGCUCGCUUAUAAAAGUAUGUUUUAAGAAGAGACUUAAAAGAGAUCACUGACUCUGUAUAAAUGUAAAGUUAAUAUUUUUCCUUAACUAAGGGAACCUUUUAAGGGAUUCUGUGCAACAUAUUUAGAUAAGUCCCUAAGCCAAGGAGAAAUUAAGCCUUAGGUGUCAUACUUAAGGAAAAAUCUUAAGGUAUUUUGUGCAACCCUUUAUUUAUUUAUUUACUAUAUGUGUUCCUCUGUAUUUUUCAGGGUGUAGUUGCUCUUACUGAAUAGCCCAUAUGGAUUAGUAUCUUAGAAUAAUGACUUACUGUCUUAUAAUUUUGCUUUACCUUGUAUUUUUGUCAUUCCUUACAUUUCAGGCAGGUAUGGGCAUCCAUUCAUCCCUGAUUGGUCAGAGGGUGUGAACUGAUUUCAGAUAGCCACACCUCCUUGAUGCAAUGUUCUCUCUGGCAUUGUGAAUUAAUUCUUACAGUUGGAGCGCUGCUGAUUUGAGUUCUUACAAGUCUACAGCUUCUGCUUGUUGGAGUAUGAAUGUUCAUUACAAAGAAAGUGCUAAUAUAAAGUUUCCAUUUAAAGAACUUAUUGUCCCAAUAUUUAAGAAACAAUACUUAUCUUUCAGUUGUAGCAAAUUUCCAUAAACAGGAUAAUGUAAAAUAGGGUGCAAAUAGUCCAUGCAAUUUUUUUUAAUAACAGCAUUGUGGAUUAUGUUUCUGAAUACAGAAGUUUGUUAAUCAUAAUGCUAAUCCCAAUUAUGGUUUGUGUUUAGGCUUGAGAAGCUUAAGAGUUUUAAACUGAAAUGGCAUGGCAUUAGCACAGGGUUUGUGAGGAGAACUUACUGAUGGUGAGGUUUUGUUCCAAAAUGAUGUCGGCCUGUUGCUGCCAUCAUCACAAAGAAAUCUGCGCUCAUUAUACUGACAAAAUGGCUUAGUUUCUUGUUAUUACUACUUACCAAAUUAUUCAGUUUUAACAAAAACAUUUGUCACUUUAUCUUGACAUAUCAAUGAACUGUUAUCUGUACAUGAUUUCAGUAUUUAAUUGAAACGAGAGAGCUUUUUUGUGAUAACAGAAUACGGACUUCACUCAUUAAAACAACGUCUAUAUUAUGUUAUGAGAAAUGACACAAUCGGAUCCUUAAAAAGAAGACACUAGCCUACGCCAGUUCAUUACCACAUAUUAAAAUAGCGUACAGCUACAUGACAAACCAUGACACCCUGGUCAUAAGGUUAAAAAACAGUACUACCAAACCACAUUGUUUCUGCCCAACCAAAACCCAGAUGGAGCUCUGAGUUGAUCAGAAUGUUAAUAUGCUCGUCUGAGUCACCUCCAGUUAUUACUAUGCACUCACAGCAAAUAAGCUUUACAAGCAACAGUGAGUGAAUUACAGACUUUUUUACACCACUUUUUGCCCCUCAGGCAACAUGCAAGCUGCUCUGCUUUCUUGGUGGAGGUUGUUAGGGCUGUGUGCAGAUUCAGGGUUGAUGAAAGCCACCGCCAACUCCUUUUGCAUUUUUUGGGUAAAUCAUAAAAUGCAUCGGGUUUUAUUUAAAGACAAUUCUCAUUUAAGGAUGCUAGAACUGAUCGCAAAUCAAAGAUAAUGCAGUAGAAGACAAAGCUUUUUGUAGUAAAGACAAAUAAAAUUGAGUUUAAAUGUUCAUUGCUGAUAUUAUGAUAACGAUAAUAUGAAACCGUAUAAACACUCUUAUGUGUAAUAACAACCUGGUGUCAUUUCGAAGUCAUUCAAAUCCAAUGCUUGGGCAGUGACUUCAGACAUCAGACACCGCUGAAAAAGCCUUCCUUAAACGUCGACAUGAUAUGUGGUUGGUCGCUGGUAUAGUUAAAUGGUGGCAGGGGGAGAUACACAGCGGGGCAAGCAGGGCGAGGAAACACCGACUUUCACCAGGGAGAGCGUUAGUUGUUAAAGGAAAAAAAAAAAAAAAACGUCAAUUCAUGAAGUCAUACUGUGCUUUUAUUUUGAAACAGACUAUGUAAACAGAAGUGUAUUUUGAGGGCCUCACUCCGAAGUCAUCCAAAUGCGGCACUUGGGCAGUGACUUGCAGUGAUAGAAACCAACGAAAAAAGGCGUCCUUUAACAUCGGCAUGAUACGCUGCCGGUUGCUGUUAUAGUUUAACGGCACCCGGCUGCGUCAGUGGGAAACGCGGCGGGACAGGGAUAAAAGUUAAGGCAGCAAAAGCCCAACUAGGGCAGAUGGAGGGGUGGUGACCGACUUUCACCUGAGAAAGUGGUGUUUGUGUCCCGUAAGAUUCUAAAACCAAAUCCUGUUCUUUUUCGUAAACCUAACCAUGCGUGGUUGUUGUUAAAAGAAAAAAGAAAAAGUCAAUUCGGGGUGUUGUACCGUACAUUUAUUUUGAAAGAGACUGUAUGUAAAGUUUAAGUGUACUGUGAAAAUGUAAGUUUAUUUUGAAAGAGGACAAUGACCAAACAUCGAGUCCAUGACCAAACAUCGAUAUGUGAUGAAGUCAGAGUGAGAAUGUGUUGGUAAUAACCAGAAAGCUUCUUGAAAAAGUGAUAUAUUGUCACAACAAACAAGAUUCCUGUUGAAAUUUCAUCAUUUGGUAUGUAGUAUAAACAAGAAUAACAUGUCAUCAUAAGAUAAUAAUACACUAUUAUAACUAGGUUUCUUAUUGGUGUAUUAAGGAAACAGCAAUGGUGACAACAACAACCUGCCAGACAGAGUCAUCACUUUUAACAACUCUGUCACUAUUGUUACGUUCCCUGAUCAGACUCAGAGGAUGAGGGAAGUAACAAUAACACUGAAAAAGGCAAGCGGAGAUGGGUGUUUAAACAAAAGUUAUGGAUUCCACACAUUCAUUGAAGCCAUUAUCAUUAUCAGUUCAAUAACAAUUAACCCUUAAACUUUUUGAAGGUUGUCCUGGCAUGCAAAACAUCAAUUAACAAUCAAGUAAAAUUGGACAUUUGCAAGCCAGAAAUGUUUCAGUGGUUAUAUGUAAAAAUCAGUUUUGCAGCAUAUCAAGAUAAAUUUUUAUUUGUACUAGAUUCAUUUAUCUGCCUUGCAAUGACAUACUUUUUUACUAAUCUCUUAAAUGUUAUCAAAAUUAACGCUACAUUUAUAAAGUGAAGAAUAUGUUAUUAUUUAAGAUAUAGACCUAAAACAGACCUAAUCUUACAAAAAGAGUUGGUACAGGGUUGCAUGUUUUAAAUCUAUGCCUGUGUUGAAUCUUAUUUUGAAGUACUUAAAUUCCACAAAAUAUGCUCAUACAAUGCAGAAAUCUUGAAUUUGAAAAUGUGUCCUUGUGUUGGAACCAGAACGGUACAUGUCAUAUGACUGUAGUUUAUGGUGCUAUGUGUAGCAAUUAAUCAGUUUACUGUCGGUACAGCGUUUUAGAUUCCCCCUUCUCCCUUCUCCCUUCCUGCUCCAUGAAAGACAUGACAAAAAAAUAGGGGACAACAGCGAUGUCCCAGUUCAGCAUAGGUCUCCUCUUGAGUCUGCAGUUUGAGUCCAGAUGUGUUGUAGCGGGCCAACAAGGCAUGCCCCAUUCCAGAGGUUCUUCCAGACUGAGCCUUCUUGGCCUUUGCAGCUUUGUUUUUUUGAGAUGUCGGAAAACAAGUGUAUCCUUUGCUCUCUACAGAAACCCGUCCAUCACAUACAAGCUAUUCAACAUAAAUGUGCCAUUCUGCUUGUAUGGGCAUGUGCAUUUAAAUUUUAUUUCUAGUAUAUUUAUGCCUUAAAACAUUGACCAAGUUGGUACAGUUAGCUGAAAGAAAAUGGUUUCCAAUAUAUCCAUUGGGACCCUGAAUGUUAAGUGAUGUGAAACAAUAGGUAUUCAACAACAUUUUAUAAAUUGGUCCCAAAAUUGAAUUUACAUUGAGGGAGACAGUUUCAUUCUUGACCUUGAGAGUGAUGGUUUCCAUAAAAUAAUCUUAACUCACGGUCCAAUUACUAGCUUUUUCCAAGGAUUUUGAUAUCUAAUCGUCAUCUGCAGAUGAAUGGUGCUCAGUUGACAUGGAGUUGGCUUAGCUGUCAUCACGGGACCUAACUUGAAGCAGAACAUUGAUCAGCAGAUGGUGAUACUUCAUGGAUUGUAAGAAUCCUAACAUAAUACCAGGAUGGACAUUGCUAAAUCAGUGGGGACCACUUCAUAUUCACAUCCAACACCAGAAACCUUGCAGACAAAUGGCUGUUUGCUACAAUGGGGCAUUUUUCAACCUAUUGAGGCUUUGGAAUUAUGAGCCGUCCCAACAAUGGCAUGGCACCUUAUAGACAAGUUUUAAAAAGACCUACAUCAGCGAAAUCACUGAGUGUUACUAAGUAUGUCCAAGAGAGCAAAGGAGAAGGGAACCUUACUACCUACUCUGAAUGAGGCUCUAAUUUAUCAUAUUCUCAAAAAGGGUAAACUGGCUUCUGACUGUAAAAGUCAUAGACCCAUAUCCCAUCUCUGAUAAGACCUAAAGAUCUUUUCAAAGGUCUUGGCUAAUCAAUUUCAAUUUUAUUUAUAAAGCCCAAUAUCACAAAUCACAAUUUGCCUCACAGGGCUUUACAGCAUACGACAUCUCUUUGUCCUUGGACCCUUACAGUGGAUAAGGAAAAACUCCCCCAGAAAAACUUUAAUGGGGAAAAAAUGGUAGAAACCUCAGGAAGAGCAACUGAGGAGGGAUCCCUCUUCUAGAAAGGCCAGACGUGCAGUAGAUAGCAUGUGUAGACUGAUCGAACUGAUGAAAUUAUAACAAGUAUAAUCUUGAUAAAGCGGGUUAUAUUAAUUUGAGAAGCUUUGCAGACAGUGUCAGACGCCUUCUCAAUAUUACAUUGUCCUCUCUGAGCAAGAACUGUCCUAUGGCAGCAAUCUCAUUGGAUGCAGAGAAGGCGUUCAGUAGAGUCCAGUAACGGUAUCUGUUCCUCACUCUUGAACAUAUGGAUUUAGCCCAAAAUGCAUGACCUGGAUUGUAAGUCUCUGUUUCUACAAUGGCCCAUUGUUUGAGAUUGUUUGGAGGAAUUGCCCCCAUGUAUCCUUCCUAAUUAUCAGGUAGCUGAAGUUUCUGAAAAUCCUAACUCUCUCUGUGACAACUGAGCAAACUCUGCAGAUGAAGACCAAGAAAUGUUUCCAAACGUCCUUGAAAAAGCUCAUAAACUGAGAGUGUCUUAUUUGAUGUUUUGGAAUCCAAGGUAUUUGGGAAUGGUUUAACAUCUGUGGACAGACUGUUGCUGUGUUGUACUGUACAUUUCUUCCUUCAGUUUGUGAAGUCUAUGUUUGUUCCUGUUGUCUUUAGUCAGCUGUUGUCCGUCAGAGUCGGUCUUUGUGUAUCUGUUCUGAUCAGAAGUAAGCACAAAACUAAAUGUCAGUUUCGGUGGACUUCUUCUCGUUGGUGUUGUGUGGUUACUCCGGUCCUUCAGAAUUAAUGCAGUUUACCGUUUACUGUAACCAUUUGCCUUCACUUGAUUUCACUUUCAAGGACAGAUUUAUUUAAGUCGGAGACUGCAGACUAUAUGAUCAUCUCAGUCAUGACAAAUCAACACAAACAUCCCUAUUCAAUCCAAGCUGUCAGUGCAUGCAUCAUUCCCCUUUAAUAACACUGUGUACACUAAUGUUCCCAGCAGCGGGUGAAGAGAAAAUUGACGCUGUCAUUUUCUCAAAUGGCCUGCCUUCCAUCACAGCAGCUGGAACAUACGACCAGAGAAAUCCAAUGAAAGCCACUUGAAAGACAAGAUUGAUAUGUGAAGGUGCAGGAAAUUAGAUUUUACUGGGGAAAAAAAGCUCAUUUCAUACAUACUGACUACUUUAAAUAAUGACCUAAAGAACUCCUGCACAAUGAAAUGUUGGAUACUGGGUGUUGCUGAUAUAUUGUGAAAUUUCCUCUCAGUUCAUGUUUCAAUUGUUUGUCAUAGAAUUUGUACAAUUAUGGUUGUUAAAAUGACGUCUUAGGGGAUAUGCAACGAGAAUACGUAGGUACACUAGAUCACAUGUAAAUAGGAACGUUGAUGUUGUGUGAAAAUACUUGAAAUCCCUUUAAUUAGUUGUUCUUGAAUGUGCUGAAUCCCUUAGCCUUGUCUUGUAGAGGCGACCUCAUACUCCUCAUGACAGGAUCAGGAUAGACUAUAAAGUGCAUGUACAAUGUAAUGAAGCACAGUGUAGCCAAGGACCUGAGAGUAUUUCUAAGUGCCUGAAUACUUCUCUCACCAUUUUAUUUUUUUAUUUACAUCUUCUGUCUCCACCUCUGGUCUUUGUUCUAAACGCAUAAGCCUCUCUUAGUUUAGGAUACUCACUAUUUAGUGGAUUUGCCGAUUUAGGUUUAUUUUGCAACUUAGAAAAACACUGAAUCAACCAUGCUGAUGUAAAGAGCUGUUCAACUAAAUUAUACUGUACCAUAUCACAGUUUUCCGUGCACGACAGGGUGUGAUAGACUAACACAGUGGAGGAUAAAAAUGUUAGCUCUGACUAUCAUGGUUGUGUUGUAAUGGCAUGACAUACAGAAAAUGAAAUAAAGGAGGUAUGC